AUGGCCACCCCCAUCCAACUACCCGUCAUCGAUAUAUCGGAUCCUCUCAAUGCAGCCGUCGGCAAGGACAUGUUGGAUGCCGCUAUCAAAUACGGCUUUUUCUAUGUGCAUGGGAAAGGAAGCGACUUUUCUGCGGCCGAGGUCGAUUCUACUUUUGAACUAUCCAAGAAAUUCUUUGCCUUGCCAAAGGAGGAGAAAGAAAAGUGCACUAUCCGCACAGAUAAUCGAGGAUGGUCAGGAAUGCACUCAGAGAUUCUAGACCCGGAGCAUCAACGGACUGGUGAUUUCAAAGAAGCACUCAACUUUGGCGAAUUCAAAGAUGGAAAGCUUCAACAGCCAAUUCCCCCUGCGCUUGAGCCUCACGAGGCUGACAUCAAGCAUUUCACAGAACUGUGCAACAAGACUUGUGCGCGGGUGAUGCGAUUGCUUGCGCUGGGGUUGGAGAUCAACUCCGAAUUCUUCGUAACCCGCCAUGACGCCUCCCAAGGCGAAACAGGCUGCGUCCUCCGCUUCCUAUACUACCCCUCCAUCAACUCACCUGCCUCAUCCAGCUACCAACACGACAUCGACGUUCGAGCGGGCGCCCACUCCGAUUACGGCACAAUUACCCUCCUAUUCCAACGACCGGGACAGCCGGGUCUCGAGAUCCUGACAUCUGGCGACACCUGGGCGCCUGUACCCGUAUGGCCUGAAGGGGCAACAAGUGCCAAGGAUGAUUUCCCACCCAUCCUGAUUAACAUAGGUGACAUGCUUAGCUUCUGGACAAAUGGGCUGCUCAAGUCAACUAUUCAUCGGGUAGUUUUUCCAAUGGCUGAGCGGAACCCAUCGUCUUCGUCGGCGAAACCGCAAGAUCGGUAUAGUGUCGUGUUCUUCUGUCAUCCGGUUAAUGAAUGUAAUCUUGUCCCUCCGGUUCCGAGUCCGUUGGUUACAGCUGCGGUAGCAGCAACAGCAACAGGAGGAACGGAAAGUGGUAAUAAAGUCGGCUUUGGUGGCGGUGCAGGCUCCCUGAGGGAGAGGAGCUCAAUGACCGCUAAGGAGUACUUGGAUAUGAGACUGUCGGCUACGUAUGGACAGCGCGAGGAGGCGUAA